GGGAAAUUGAUGGAUUAAUCUAACGGAGGAGAGUCGAAUGUGAUUCCCACUCCUGCCGAGGGCACCCGAAUGGAGUAACAGGCUGCAAUGUCAUCUCCACCUGGCCGCCUGGAGAGAUGUGUCACGGGAAUGGGAUCAAGUUUGAACACUUUUCCUCUGGUUUCACUGACGCCGUGAGAAGGAACCAAAAUGCCAGUAAACGGACAGGUCAUGGUGGCUGCCUGCACGGGCCCUCGCACCACGGCAGUAGAAGUCAACAUGCAUCGCACGGACUCCGCAGAAGAAGGCGCAAAAUCUAUGCGACCACAAACCUGCAGCAGCCGCGCUUUGUGACACCGAAGGGUAUAAUGGGUGUAGUGGGCUGGAUGUUGCUCCUACUCUCCCAUAUGAUGGCGCCUGUGGCAUCCCAAAAGCCCCCAGGGCUCAGCGUGGGUGUGAUCCUGGGACAGACACGCACCGUUAACGACCAGGAGCUCCGAUCACCCCGGCGCCCCGAGGAUGCGCUUGAUGUUAACGUUGUCACGCUGAAGAUGAACCAAACAGACCCAAAGUCUGUGAUUACACAGGUGUGUGAGCUUCUGUCUCGCACUCGUCUCCAUGGCAUUGUGUUUGCUGAUGGCACCGAUCAGGAGGCCAUUGCCCAGAUCCUCGACUUCCUGUCUGUUCAGACACAACUUCCAGUCCUGGGAGUCCACGGAGGCUCCUCUAUGAUUAUGGCUGAUAAGGAUGAGAAAUCCACAUUCUUCCAGUUCGGCGCGGCUCUGCAGCAGGAGGCUCUGCUCAUGCUUGCUAUCAUGGAGGAGUACGACUGGCAUGUUUUUUCUAUUGUCACGUCCAAGUUCCCCGGGUACCAGGAAUUCAUAAGCACUCUGAGGAUAACUGUGGAUCACAGCUUUGUGCGAUGGGACCUGCAGAGUGUGGUGACACUAGAUGCUGUGGAUGGUGACCCAAACUCUAAAUCACACAUUGCCCUCAAGAGGAUCCAGAGUCCUGUUAUAUUGCUCUACUGCUCCAAGGACGAAGCUCUGUAUAUAAUGGAGGAAGCUCGGUCCUUGGGUCUGAUAGGAGCUGGUUACAUCUGGAUCGUGUCCAGUCUCACCACUGGCAACCCAGACUUUACCCCUGAGGUGUUUCCCCUGGGUAUGAUCUCUGUGUCCUAUGAUGACUGGGAGUACCCGCUGGAGAUGCGGGUGCGGGAUGGGGUGGGCAUUAUUUCCUCUGCAGCCACCUUCAUGCUGCGGGAGAAGGGAGAGCUGCCAGAGGCCCAGAGCAGCUGCUACAGCACAGCAUCAGACAGGAGCCCGGGGAAGCUCCCACCUAGUGCCCUGCGCAGACACAUGAUGCACGUGGGGAACGAAGGGCGAGAUUUAUCCUUUACUCCAGAUGGCUACCAGGCCAACCCGAAACUGGUGGUCAUCGUCCUAAAUGUGGAAAGGAAGUGGGAGAAGAUGGGCCGCUGGGAGAACGGGACGUUGUCGCUGAUGUUCCCGGUGUGGCCGAGGUAUAAUUCCUAUGGGGACGAGGACGCCGAUGAAAACCACCUUUCAAUCGUCACUCUGGAAGAGAAACCUUUCGUCAUUGUCGACAAUGUGGACAUCCUCACUGGCACUUGUAUGAGAAACUCUGUGCCCUGCCGCAAACAUGUCAAAAAUAACAGCACAUUGGGAGGCGCUUAUAUUAAGCAGUGCUGCAAAGGUUUCUGCAUUGACAUUCUCAAGAAGAUAGCCAGGAAUGUGAAGUUUACUUAUGACCUCUACCUGGUCACCAACGGAAAACACGGAAAGAAGAUCAACAACGUCUGGAAUGGCAUGGUUGGAGAGGUGGUGUAUAAAAAGGCGGAGAUGGCCGUUGGCUCAUUGACCAUCAACGAAGAGAGGUCGGAGGUCAUUGACUUCUCUGUGCCCUUUGUGGAGACUGGCAUCAGCGUCAUGGUGUCACGCAGCAAUGGGACGGUCUCACCUUCUGCCUUCCUCGAGCCCUUCAGUGCAUCAGUUUGGGUGAUGAUGUUUGUGAUGCUGCUCAUUGUCACAGCCAUCGCCGUCUUCCUCUUUGAGUUUGUCAGUCCGCUGGGCUUCAACCGCAACUUGGCCCAAGGCAAAGACCCACACGGCCCCUCGUUCACCAUUGGUAAGGCCAUAUGGCUGCUGUGGGGUCUGGUGUUCAACAACUCUGUGCCUGUGCAGAACCCGAGGGGCACCACCAGUAAGUUCAUUGUCUCAGUGUGGGCCUUCUUUGCCGUCAUCUUCCUGGCCUCCUAUACUGCCAACCUGGCUGCUUUCAUGAUCCAAGAAGAGUUUGUGGACCAAGUUACUGGACUGUCUGACAAGAAGUUCCAGAGCCCAUACUCCUAUUCCCCUCCAUUUCGCUUCGGGACGGUUCCAAACGGCAGCACCGAGCGCAACAUCAGGAAGAACUAUCCGGACAUGCAUCAGUACAUGACCAAAUACCAUCAGAACGGGGUCACGGAUGCACUGAUCAGCCUCAAGACCGGGAAGCUGGAUGCUUUCAUCUAUGACGCCGCGGUGUUGAACUACAUGGCGGGUAGAGAUGAUGGCUGUAAGCUGGUGACCAUUGGCAGCGGUUACAUCUUUGCCACUACAGGUUAUGGCAUUGCCCUGCAGAAAGGAUCCUACUGGAAACGCCUGGUUGAUCUGGCCAUACUGAGCAUCAUAGGAGAUGGUGAGAUGGAGGAACUGGAAGCUCAGUGGCUGACUGGGAUCUGCCACAAUGAGAAGAACGAGGUGAUGUCGAGUCAGCUGGAUGUGGACAACAUGGCAGGGGUCUUCUACAUGCUGGCCACGGCCAUGGGCCUCUCCAUCCUCACCUUCAUCUCAGAGCACCUUUUUUACUGGAGGCUGAGAUACUGCUUUACUGGUGUCUGCUCUGGAAGGCCGGGCAUUCUCUUCACUAUCAGUAGGGGUAUAUGGAGCUGUAUCCACGGCGUUCAUAUAGAUAUGAAGAAAAAGGCACCAGAGCUGGACUUCAGUCCUCAGGCCAACAUGCUGCACCUGCUCAAGUCUGCCAAGUCCAUUGCUUUGCCUUCUCCCAAACGCAACACAGUCCUCGUGCAGCCUAGCAUCCUAGACAUGAUGUCAGGGAAAGGUAACUCCCUCCAUAGUCUGCCUCAGAAGGGUCCUGGUCUCUAUAGCAACGCUGCGGGUCCACAGGGCUUCAUGUCAUUGUCCGGGAGGCACAAAAACCUCCUCAAUAAUGCUGCGCCAUUUCCUGGGCAACAGAAAGGCCCUCCGCACCAGACCAGCCCCAACAAGCCCCAGCUUUCAGUCACCAAUGACAACGGCAAGACCCGCCUGACUGGGGCAGGCCUCACUGGGGCAGGCCUCACUGGUGCAGGCCUCACUGGUGCAGGCCUCACUGGGGCAGGCCUCACUGCAUCGAAGCCCCGAGCCCUGUGGAAGAAAAGUGUUGAGACCCUGAAGACUCAGCCCAGUGUCGUAUCUCCUGGCCCAAGCCCCGCUCCAGGAUCAGGGCCCGGACCUCCACAAAUGAAGAGCCAGCGCUACCUGCCGGAAGACCCGCAGCACUCGGACCUCUCAGAGUGCUCCAGUCGGCCACCAUCACACAAAGAUUCUGACUCCAUGGCAGCAAGGGGUGGAUUUAAGCCAAUCAAUCAACUGAGGAAGAGGGGUGGGGGUGGCGGAGGAGCAGGCAGUGGAGGCGGAGCAUCCAAGAUUUACUCCAUUGAUUCAGACCAGGCCAGUCUCCAGUCCGCUCCCCCGUACCAUCGAGACAGCCAGGGGGGUAGUGAUGAGCACCCUUACCCCCCUGACCUGUUUCCUCCUGACAGCACAUACCCGCACACACACUCCCACCAGGCAGACGCACCCAUUUUGCAGCUGAGCGCCAGCCUUCUGCACCACAGUCACAGCGCUGAGGCUGACCUGCACUCUCUGAAGGAUAAGAAAUACAGCACCUACACCCACAGCAGUGUGAAAGAGAAGCCUGGAGGUUCAUUUGAAGCUCCAAGCACAGGUCCAGGGACACAAAGUGUCAGGCCCGGCCACUGUCGCUCCUGCCUUACCAAGCUGAGUGGUUACUCCGGCCUCUACACUGUUCGCUCGCCGCAAGCUCGCUGCGAUGCCUGCGCCCACCUGGGAAACUUAUAUGACAUCAGUGAAGACCACCUGCACUCGCACUACUCCCACACACAUACUCACCCACACAGCGGGGACAUGUUCACGCACUACCUUCCCCAGAGCGAGCUGGGCCUGGUGGGUGAGGGGGACGGGCUUGUCAGCCACUUUGAGCCCACCCCUUCCUCCCCAUCGCCUCUCCCCACCUCCUCGUCGACCCAGCACCUCCAGCUGAGUCGCCAGCACUCUUACGAGAAUGUGCUUCCGGAUGGGAUUCCCGAGCGGCAGUCGCAGGUCCACCCCCACAUGCGGGGGCUGAGUCUGCCUGACAGAGAUAGGGAGAGGGAGCUGACCCUGGAUGAGGGGGCCUAUGCUAAUGUUCUCACAAUGCGCUCUGAUCGUCCAUUGAGCAGCCGCAGCCCUCCCUCUCCCUCACCCUCCCACCACCACAGUUUGGACACCCCGAUGCCUCUGCCGCGGCGCUCAAAGAGUCUGUUUCCUGAUCGCCCAUCUCACAACCCUUUCCUCCAGUCGGCGCCCGGCACGGCACAACGAGAUCCCGCCUCCCAGGCUGCCACACGCAUGCCACAGAGAAAUUCUGCCCAUGAGCUCUAUAAGCAGCGAAUGCCUGUGUCGCUUACCCUCGGUAACCAUGGCAACCACCACUUCAACCAGCACGGCGGGCAGGUCGACCAACAGGCGUUCUACCCUCCGCAGGAGCCUCCUGUUGUGGCCUACAUGGUCCCACCUGCUGCCUCGCAGCCAAUGAGCUAUGUGACAGCGCCGCGAGCCUCGAGCGCAGGUGGCAACCGACCCCGGCUCUACCGCCGCAUGCCCAGCAUCGAGUCUGAUGUCUGAGAGUCGCACACAGCACACUAUAUCUCACUGAAACACACUAACACACACGCAUGCAAGAAAGAGGUGUGUGUGACCGGACUAGGCAGCUCUGAUUCUAAGCACAUACACAAAAAACACACACAGACACGCACACGGGUGAAAGAUGGGAAGCUCUGGACCAAAAGGUUAACAGUGAGUAAAUAAAUCAUUGUUUUCUUUGCCACACCCCUCCAUAGGUCAGAGAUGGGAGGGCCACAGGGACACCUGGAGGCACAAUACAAGAUGAAGAUAAUGUGUGUGAGUGUCAGUGUGUGUACCAGCCUCAAGCUGUGGGCAACGAGGCACGAACUGACAAUAUGUCUGACAAGACAAAUCGACAUCCUGUGGAAUACGAGGGACACUGUACACGGUGCAGCGCCAGCAGUGGGAUGUCAGGGAACUUAUGAUGACGUGUUUGGAAGACGAGCCGACCUGUCACGCCCUCUCACCAGCCUCUUGGAGAUAAAGGGGACACACAAAAGAACCUCUUUCUUUCUGAGAUUACAGACACACGCGCACACAUAUUUAACCUAAACACACCCACCCCCUCUCUAGGACUCUCCUGUUGCACUAUGAUUUCUACAGUCAACCCGUAUGUUGUCUGAGCCUCCAAACUGCACUGCCAGCAUGGCUUAAAGAGUAGUAAAGUACACUUAGAGUAAUCCUUGACUUGAAUGGAAACCACUAUCUAUGUAACAGACCAGACUGGGCAGCGGGCAGCUGGUCAGGAAACAGGUCUGAGAAGUGCAUCAGCGCCUGCCCGCGGACAUGCAAACACUCGAACACACACACACGCUGUCUGUUGUUAAGGUGGACGUCAGAAAACCACAGACUGUUUGUCACUGUUGAUGUCAGUUAAUUGAACAUUCCAAAAAGUGGUCCAAACGCGGCCACCAGUAAAAGCCUCUCAGGAUGAGGGUGUGUGUUCUAGUGUUUAUUGAUCUAGAGACAUACAGUAUAGCAUCCUUGCUUCCUCUCUUAGCUAGCCUUCAGGUCAUACUGCAUGCUUCCUACUGCCCUGUGUUACAGAUAAACUCCUAUACAGGGUCAUAUAUGCACACAUGCAUACAUGCACACACACACACAUACACACUCAUAUGCACAUACGCAGUAGUCUAGGAUAGUAGUGUAGGGUUGGGGGUGUGUGUUGAAGCUAUGAAAUAGCUUCAUUUUGUGCACUUUGUAGAUUUUAUACCCUGCCAACCUACACAGACGUUUGACCAAAAACACUUUUAUACUGAAAAAUAUGAAUAUUCUCAGUCAUUCGCUGGAUAGAUGUUUUUCUUUUCUCUUAUUUCUCUUUGGCAUUGGGGUUUAGGGCAUCGUUCCAUUGUGAGGUUGGAAGUUUUACAGUGUUAGAUAAUGGGUACAACAUCAUGCAUACAGUAUACACACAAACACAAACUUUUAAUCUUUCUCUUCUUCUUUUAACUUUUACCAUGCUUCAUCCCUCCUCCGAGCCUUUCCUCCUCCCUUCACCAGGUUUACUCUCGAUUCCUCCUUUUCGCUCUUCUCCCCGCUUCCUUCUGUAGAGUAGACUGAGUAUGAGAAGAUUAAAGUUCAGUCGUGGUGUUUUAAAAACUCAACAUAUUGCUGGAAAUCACUUAACAUCAGUAGUUGUGAGAACUCAUUCGGCUCUCGUAGGAUCCAGUGCUUUUUUCUAAUAACUUUCUAUGUCAAGCAGAGGAGUCCGUUUUAAUGUCUCCGUAGUGAAUUUUAGAGGCUGAGUGUAUCACUGUUGCAGAUUUUACUCAUCAAAUGAAUACUCUUGGACGAGCGUCAGAGUAGCUGGUACUUGUGUGGCUCUCUGUGUUGGCGAGAACACGGCGCUGUGUUUCAGCACAGAGAGUCACGUGGCAACACGGAGAGUUUGCAAAGUGACUCGUUACAGAGGCAACACUCACACACUUACAUACACUCUCACACACACACACACACUCACACACACACUCAACAAGCUGGCAAUGUGUGUAUGAGUGUUCUAGAAAUCCAUAAUCUACUGAAUAAGGGCACUGAUUUUUCUGAGCACAAGGAUUUUGAUGGAAAAAGGACUUGAUAUCCCAUUAGCUGAGCGUCUGUCUCUAUUCUCUUUCUUUCUAUGCUCGAUUCUCUCUCUCUCACACACACACAUACACACACACACAAACACACUCACCUAUAUCUAAUAUAUAUAUUGGCUGCAAAGAAUGCAAGACAGUUUGAAACAAAAAAAUGCACCUUUGAACGGUGAACGCUGCCCAUCUUUUGGUAAUCUUAACAGGUUUGGUGUGUGAGUUAUAUGCACAAUAUCAGGUUGCAAUAUUAUACUUCUGUACAGAGAAAAUCUUUGUUUUAAAUGUUAGAAACUGAUUUCAUUUGUUUGAUUUGAAUGGUAUUAAGUGUUGAAUUCAUUUCAAUAACAAUGUGGCUUUUUAAUUCUGCUUCUUUAAAAAGGACUGGCAUGUUUUAGAUUCUGGUGUGAUUUUUUUUUUUCUUUUUUAAAUUUAUUUUAAUUUAUCUUCUUUUUUUUUUCCUCUGGUGUGUUGCUGGUUGG